UAGAAGUACAGAAUUCCCCUGCUCUGUUCUUCGCUUCCACCAUUAGCACAUCUCUAUUCAAUUUCUUCUCCAAAAAUCGCUGCGAAUAACCCUUCGAAAAUUUACAGGUUUUCUUUCUCAAUUCUUCGAUUGAAUAUUUCUUCAAUGGUUCUUAGCAAUGGCAGAUUAUCUUCCACAGGAAGUCUUAUUUAACAUCUUUCUGAAACUUCCUCCAAAAACCCUUGUCCUCUGUUCAUGCGUCUCAAAAUCAUGGCGCGCUGCCAUCUCUGAUCCAAUUUUCAUCAACGCCCACUUCAACAAGUCUUCAAUCUGCAACAAGAAAUGGCUGAUUCUCAGGCGGUAUUUUGGCACAGGAAGCAAGAAGAAAGAGCGGUAUUCGCUUCAUUUCGACACAGAAACAUUGGAUCUAUACCAGGAAUUGAAAUUUCCAUUCAUCAAUUGGAAUGGGGAUUUCAAGUUAGUGGGUAUUUGCAAUGGAUUGGUUUGCUUGUCUGGUCUCGACAUUCUCUUGUGGAAUCCAUCAAUUCAAAGAGUCGUAGCUGUUCUUAGAACAAGCGAUAUUAUCACCAUCUAUGAUGCCCCAGAUAAAUUUGCACUCGGGUUUGGCUUCGAUUCUCGGGCCAACGACUACAAGGUGGUAAGAUUGUUAUAUUUUGAAGAUAAGAGUCCUUUUAAUUAUAAAAGAUCUCCUAAAGUUGAGUUGUAUGAGGUUAGAACAGGUUGUUGGAGGGUAAUUGAAAGCAAAGCUCCUCGUUGUGAAAUAGUUAAAUCAGAAUGGACACAAGCUUUUUUCAAUGGGGCUGUUCAUUGGGUUGCUUACAGGGAAAGUAGCAGGGGUUAUAAGUGUUUCAUUUUGAGAUUUGAUAUAGUUGAGGAGUGUUUCAGUUUAGUAACUUUGCCUCAUUGUUUGGUUAAUAGCUCACCAUGUGACUUGAAAGUUUCUGUACUAGGAGGAGCACUUUCUGUCAUGCUGUGUGGCUGGUACUGUUUUGAAACAUAUGUGUGUUCUGUUUGGGUGCUGCAUAACUAUGACAUGCCUGAGUCUUGGACUAAAUUAACCAGCUUCGAACCGUCUCAGGAGUUGGGAAUGGUGUUGGGUCUUAGGGAAAAUGGAGAGAUGAUUAUGGAAUCUAAAAGUGAAGAAGUGGUUUUGUAUAGGCCUGAAAACCAGCUUAUGAAGGGUCUUGGAAUUUAUGGUGGUGAGGGUUCUUUCUAUUUAGAUACUUAUGUUGAGAGCUUGGCUUUGUUGAAUGAAGGGAAAGGAGGCUUGGAGAAAGUGGCUGAUGUUCAUGACUGAGUUCUUACUGAGCUGUAAGCUGAUUGAUAAUAAUGGUAUGAUUCAUUUCUUAGUGAAUAUAUGAUAUGGCCCUUUUAACAUGUAUAUUAUGUUUUUACUUGGUCAAGGCCGACUUUGGAGAUAUUGAGUGUUUUCGUUAUAAGCUCAUCCGAAGAUUCGAACACAUAUCUUAAUGUUUUAUUAAAUUAAUAUGUUCAGUUUACAAUUUGAAAUAUAUUGAAUGGUUGUUCAUUUUGGUCA